GUCCAUAGGUUGGAAUCCCUGGGAUGCGUACGCAGACACGAUUACUAGCGUAGCUGUUGCGCUGCUAGAUAUAAAAUGAUUGCAAGAGGAACGUUACACUAUAAACUGCCAAGAUGCAUUGAAAACGAUAAGACACACUAUCGGUUUAAAAGGUCUUACCCUUUUAUAUGCGUCAGAGGUCAUUUAUUGUCUCGUAAUAAGGUGCAUCGGUUCCUUGUCUUAUAUAUAGGUCACAAUCUGUCCGACUGAUAGCCCAAGCUCAGCCGAUAAAAACGCAUUCCCAAUACAGCGGUUACCUUCAGUACAAAUAUACCCUGGGGCUUGUAUCAACUGAUACUCCUCGUCAGUUCCGCACGACUUUAGGGACACGGCAGUAUGGGUUUCCCACAGUUGGUCGCUCUCCUGGUCUGUAGCUUGGCAGUCGUGGCCCACGGUCAAAGCUUCGGAUGUCCUGAUGCCGACACGCUUCGACCAUGCGCAUGCGACAUGGAUGGCAUUAGUUGCGAAAAAGCGAAUUCGACGCAGGACCUGCGAAGAGCCUUCAAUAGCACCGGCCUCAAGGAGCACAGAGGACUGUGGAUUGUCAGAACUUCCGUUGGGUCCUUCCCUGAAGACGUCCUUGGCGACUUUGUCUUCGCGGAGAUUCAUCUGAAUUUCAACUCCAACUUGACGUCUUUUAGCAUUGAUUCGCUGAAUAAUUCAAGGCCUUUUCUCAGGAAUAUCAACCUGUAUGGUAACGCCUUGUCGACCUUCGAAUUCCACAGGAUUAACCAGUUCCCCAAACUGACCGUUCUCAACCUCGGCAAGAACCGACUGGACACCAUUCCAAACUGGGCGUUCAGCAACCCCCAGCUGAAAAAGCUCAUCUUGGCUGGGAAUCCUAUUCGAUCGCUGGGCGUACGAGCGUUCGCUGCCCUGCCCAAGCUGGAAAUGUUGAACCUGGAAGGCACGAGAAUCACCAACCUCGGAGACUUCGCCCUGACGCUGUACUCCUCGUACCCGAAACUGACGGUAAAUCUCAAGGAGAGUAACGUAUUCAAUAUCAGCAAAUUGGCAUUCGCGAACUCAAGUCCGUUCUCCCUUACUUUAACGAGGAACAACUUGACGACCUUUCCGCAAGAUGUGUUCGGGCCUCUUUUAACGAGUAUGCGUAACCACGCCCUUCGCACGAACAACAGCAUAGUACUGGAUGUCACCGGAAACCCGUUUACCUGUCGCGGCUGCUCGUUCGGGUGGUUGCUGUCACGAAAGUACGACCCCGUGUUUCAACACGUGCUGCAUGGGUUUAGGUGCGCCGACAGAAGGACGCUAAUGGACCUCACCAUGUCAAGGAUUCAGUGCUUGCCGGGCAGACCUGCAGCCGGCCGCGUCAACUGACCACCAACUUUGUGUAAAUAAAUCCUUAUGUUCCGGCUUUCCGCUACCCUCACCACUAACUACUACUGUAAAUAAAUCCAAGCUUUUUUUUUUUCUGCAAA